AUGAGAUACGUCAUUCCUCUCGCCAUCAGCUUUGCAGCCAUCGCGGUCGCUGCUCCAGUGCCGCAGGACGACAUUGCAUCCAUCCUGGCCGCACUGCAAUCUACUAGCCCGGAAGACGCCGCAGCAGCCAGUAGCCUCGAGAAGCGUCAAAACGAUAUUUCUUCGAUCAUUGCUGCACUCCAAGCAACCAGCCCAGACGAUGCAGCAGCAGCAAGCAGUCUUGAGAAGCGCCAGAGCGACAUCGCCUCCAUCAUUGCUGCACUCCAGGCAACCAGCCCAGAUGAUGCAGCAGCAGCAAGCAAUGAUGCAGCAGCAGCAAGCAACCUCGAGAAGCGCCAGAAUGAUAUUGCCUCCAUUAUUGCUGCACUCCAAGCGACCAGCCCAGAUGACGCGAACGCGGCCAAGAGCUUGGAGUGA